UGAUGCUAUGCAAUGAGGAAAUGCUUCAGCUAACUUCUGAUUCCAACUUAAAUUUUAAGGUUUUGAAUGCUAUUGAUUUUCUUGAAAAGAAAUAUACUCCACAAGGCACAUAUGCAAAAUACAGUUUAGAUGCCUACAAGCACAUGCCAGUGCACACAUUGAAUGUAGAAGGGAAAGACAUUUUGUUUUUAGUAGAUUCUGGUGCAGGAAACUCUGUGAUCAAAUUACAUGAGUUGAGUGAGAUGCCAGAAAUGAGUGGUAGAUCCCUGAAUUCAGUUGGAGCGUCUGGGAUUAUCGUGAAAGAAAAAUUUACAGCACCCUUAAGGUGUGUUGAGAAUAACCAACAGUCAUUCACAUUUUCUUUUCUGCUUUCUGAAUGCUGCCCGAUUAAUUUGAUGGGCAGGGAUUUGAUCUGCAAAUUGGGGAUAAACCUAAUUAGCACCCCAAACGGAUUAAAAGUGUGUAGAAGUCAAAUAGGUGAAUUUCAGGGCGUUAAGUGGGACCCCAGACCUCUGUUGUAUGUGUAUGAGUGGGAACUCAGCACCUCUUCUGUGAAUUCAGUGAAUCAAGCACUCUUGGAUAAGGCCUAUGAAGUUAAUAACCCUACACGCACACAGUACAUGAACACACAUGAUCUGCACUGCACAGCACACACACACACAGGGCCUGAUGUAGUUUAUGAACAAGAGUGGUUUGAAAUGCAGCCAAAAGCUGAUGUGUUGUUACUGACAAAGUUGUAUUGGGAUAAUCACAGAUGUACUGCAGAAGUGAAUCUUUCUAGUAUAAAUGUGAAGCCGGGGAAGGCCCAUCCGUUCACUAUAGAGAAUUCACACCCACAUGUGUCUUUAUCAAAAGGUGAAACAGAGAAAUGGGAAGAUUUAGGGAUGUGGACAUUAAAAUGUGUGAAAGCUGAUGAUUGGAAACCCAGUUCAGAUCCCACAGUGUUGUACAGUGAGAAAACUAAAUCCUAUUGCAUGCACUUGAAUUGGAUAGCUUUUGUUGACAGAACAGUUGAGAUAAUGCCACAGGCAGACACAGAUGUACCUAAAACAAUGUGGCAGAUGACACACAUUUCUGGGGAAGAUCCCCGAUUACAAGCAGUUCCAAGAGAACUUUGGGCAACAGGGAAAUAUGAUGUAGGUCUGAUCAAAAAUUGUGCACCGGUGCAGAUAACACCUAAAUCGGAUUACAGACCUUGCAAAACUCAGUACCCCUUUAAGCCAGAGGCUAUUAGGGGUAUCACACCAGUGUUUAAUUCACUGCUUGAAGCUGGAGUGAUUGUGCCAUGUGAAACCUCCCCAGUGAGAACACCUAUUUUUCCAGUGAGGAAACCUAGGCCUCUGGGUGAACCAGAGGAGUGGCGUUUUGUCCAAGAUUUGCAAGUAGUGAAUGAUGCAGUAAUUCCAAGAGCUCCAAAUGUGCCAAACCCUCACACAAUCUUGUCUCAGAUUCCACCAGAAAGCAAGUGGUUUUCUAUGGUAGACUUAGCUAAUGCUUUUUUCAGUGUACCAGUUCAUCCAGACAGCCAGUUUUGGUUUGCGUUUUCUUUCAAUGGAAAGCCGUACACUUUUACCAGAUUGUGUCAGGGAUAUUGCGAAUCUCCAACUAUUUACAAUGAAGCUCUUAAAAACAGUCUUGAAUCUCUGACGCUGACCCCAGGGUCAGCAAUUCUUCAAUAUAUGGACGACUGCAUGAUUGCAGCGCCAUCUAAAGAGCAAUGUGAAAAAGACACUAUUGCGUUACUUUGUCAUCUAGCGGAGGAAGGUCACAAGGCGAGCUUAUCAAAGCUGCAGUUUGUAAAACAGCAAGUGAAAUUCUUGGGGCAUCUGAUAUCAGAACAAGGCAAAACUAUUGAGCAGAACAGAGUUGCAGCAAUACAAAACAUUCCAAAGCCUAACACAAAAAAACAACUGAUGUCAUUUCUAGGCAUGUGCUCUUAUUGUAGGACUUUCAUACCAAACUAUGCAGUCCUCGAAGCACCUUUGAGCGCAAUUGCUCAUGGGAAAGGCCUACAGGCCCACAGUGCACUGACUUGGACACCAGAGGCAGAAAAAGCCUUCGUAGAUUUGAAAAUGGCUUUACAAACCACCCCAACAUUAGGGAUUCCAGAUCCAAACGAAUUGUUUGUACAAACAGUUGAUGAAAAAAGUGGUUGUAUGACAUCAGUGCUAUUACAAAAUCAUGGUGGGAAAAUGAGACCAGUGGUCUACUUCUCUGCUAAAUUGGAUCCGGUAGCAGCAGGCCUGCCAAUGUGUUUAAGAGCAGUAGCAGCAGCUGAGAAAGCAGUUAAUGCUUCUAGAGAUAUUGUGGGAUACAGUGAACUAACUCUUUUGGUCCCACAUGCAGUGUCGCUUCUUCUUCUUGAACAGAAAACAGCACAUAUGUCUGCGGCACGUUGGCUGAGAUAUCACAGUAUUUUGCUUGACAUGCCAAAUGUGAAAGUAAAAUGCUGUACUGUGUUAAACCCUGCAACUCUUCUCCCUACAGAAGCAGAUGGAGAACCACACAAUUGUGUUGCAGUUGUAAAUGAAAUUUGCAGUCCUAGGUCUGAUUUGCAGGAAACGCCGUUGCAGAAUCCAGAUCUUGAGUUUUUUGUGGAUGGAUCAGCCUUCAGAGAUCAGAAAACAGGCCGCAACUGCGUGGGGUAUGCAGUAGUAACACAACAUGAAACGAUUAAAGCAGAAUCAUUACCAGAGCAUCUCUCUGCGCAGGCAGCCGAAUUGGUUGCUUUAACAACAGCAUGCAGGUUAGCAAGAGACAAAACUGUCACCAUUUAUACUGACAGUAGAUAUGCAUUUGGGGUAGUACAUGAUUUUGGUACAUUGUGGAAAAACAGAGGUUUCCUGACUUCUUCAGGUAAAGCAAUCACGCACAAUGGCCUGAUUUCUGAACUCCUGGAUGCAAUCCUGUUGCCAAAAUCUAUUGCCAUAUGUAAGUGUGAAGCACACACUGGGAAACAUGACCCCAUUUCACAGGGCAAUGCGCAAGCAGAUGCAGCAGCAAAAUCAGCUGCGCAGAAACUGAUUUUUUCGUCAGAGAACGACGAAACUUUGUGUAUGUUGCAAAUAUGUACUCCCACAGCAGAUCUCAAAGAUCUUCAAUCACAGUCUACAGCCCAAGAAAGAGCCACAUGGAGGAAAGCAGGAGGUGUGGUAAGAGAUGGGGUUUGGUACGGCCCUGAUGACAAGCCAUGUUUGCCAAAGAAAUUGUUUCAAUUCUAUGCUAAAUUGGCGCAUGGCCAAGACCAUGCGUCAAAAUGGGGGAUGUAUAACAGUGUCUCCAGAUACUGGCACACUAAGGGCUUUGCAAACUAUUCCCAGAAGUUUUGUGAGAAAUGUAUAGUGUGUGCAACAAACAACAUUGGCCGAGGCGUUAAAGUCUCCCGGAGCGCCCAUCCUCCGCCACAGCGACCAUUUGAACACCUUCAGAUGGACUUUAUUGAACUGACACAAGGUGAAGGCAAAAAAUACUGUUUGGUGAUAGUGGAUAUGUUCUCUAAGUGGGUGGAAGCUUUCCCCACUUCCAAACAGGAUGCAAGUGCAGUAGCUAAAGCACUCCUGUCUGAAAUUAUUCCUCGUUGGGGAAUCCCUGACAAAAUCAGUAGUGACAAUGGGACUCCAUUUGUAAACCAAGCACUUCGACGGGUGGGAGAGUACUUGGGUAUAGAUCUCAGACAACACUGUGCGUACCACCCUGCCAGCGGAGGGGCGGUGGAGCGAGAAAAUGGUACGCUAAAGAAUAAAUUGGCCAAGUGCUGUGAUGAAACAGGUCUAUCAUGGGUAAAGGCCCUUCCCAUUGUGUUAUUAUACAUGAGAACGAGAACUAGAGGGAGAGUGAAUUUAAGCCCAUUUGAGAUACUGUUUGGCAGACCCCCAAAUACAGGAAUUGAGCCUGGACACACACCCAGAUUAACCACAAGCCAAUGUGAAGAUGAAAUGCUGUGUUAUUGUGCAAACUUGUCCUCUGUUUUGUCUCAAAUCCAUAAGCAGGUGAAGGAAGCACUGCCUAAAGUGACGCAAACAGAUCUGCACAGUCUCAAACCAGGUGACUGGGUGGUGGUGAAGGAUUUCAGGAGGAAAAGCUGGAGAGCCAGGCGGUGGCUGGGACCAUUUCAGGUACUUCUGACCACGCAGACUGCGGUGAAGGUUGCAGAGAGAGCAACGUGGAUUCACGUUAGCCACUGUAAGCGGGUUCCUGAGCCAGAGGUAAAUGUGACAGACACUUACGACAGCAGAUGACGACAGCAUUACACAUUUACGACAGCCAGACUCCCAUACAAACACAAAUAUAAGAUCUGACUUCUACAAUCGAUCAACAUUGAUGAGUAAAAGCUCCUGUUAAGAUGAGGAGCCAUUUUGACUAUCACCCAAGAGUUUUAGGGAUCAUUGGCAUCCUUAUGAUCUGCCUGUUAAUUAGAGGGAAUGCAGAAAAGACUUCCACCUUUGGUAGAAGUCGCAGAGACGUGCAUGAAAACACUUAUUGGCCAUUUGCCAACUACACUGCCAAAAUGAUCACAAAUGAGUCUUGUUAUGUGUGUAUGAUUCUCCCCACAGCUGCGAGUAAACACACAAUGAUCCCCAUGAAAAGUAAUGGUAGUGAAUUGAAAGCCAUAGCCCAAUACUGUAGAAAUUCUUACUGCAUGUGGAAGCAGGAUGCUUAUAGAGUCCAGAAUGGCACACAUUUGAGUCUGGUGAUAAAUUCACCGGCCUCCCUGUGGUGUGAAGCUGGAGGUCCUGGGAGGACUGAUUUAACUGGUACCACCAUAUGUCUACGGACUCUAAUGCGUGUGACAAAACGAACAUUCAAGGUAAACCAAACAAGAGUUAACACAUUUGUUGCACAGCCUCCUCCUAAAUUGAACUACACACACUGUUUUGUAGGUACAGGAAACAUACCGUUAGGUAAUAUUGCCAGCUGUAGGUGCACUCAUUUAUAUUACCCAUAUUCUGAUGACGGAACCUGCCCACAGGCAGAGUGUUCCCUCAUUCAUCCAUCUGACACUGGCACAUUACUCAGGGCUGACGACUGGUACUGGGUCUGUGGUAAAAACGUGUAUCUAGCCCUACCCCGUAACUGGGGAGGAGUAUGUACUUUAGCAAGGUUUAGGUAUCCAGGUGUGGUCAUAGCUCACUCACACUCACCAAUAAAGCGACCCAAGAGAGAGGUGUCUGAUAAUGACUUUCCUCCGCCAGAACAUAGACUGAAACCUAAACUGAGUAAAUUCUUUGAUUCCUUCUUCCCACAGUAUGGGAUGACUCAGGUUUGGAAUCAACUAGAAGUCACACAUUAUCGGCUUGCCACUUAUAUUAACUCCACUAAUCGGGCAACCGAAGGCAUUAAACAGGAACUCGCGGCCCUUAGAUUGACUGCUACACAAAAUAGAAUGGCCUUAGAUAUUCUAUUAGCUAAAGAGGGAGGUGUAUGUGCCCUGAUUGGAGAUCAAUGUUGCACCUUCAUUCCCUCGAACGAUGACGACCAUGGGUCUAUCUCAGAUGCACUGCAUGAUAUGCACAAAGUAGCAAACCAAAUGAAACAAGACGAACACGGAGAUAAUAGUUGGGGACUUUGGUAUACACUGUUCGGACAGUGGACUCCCUAUCUAUCAAUGAUAAUCCCAGUGAUUGUGGUAUUACUCUUAUUAUGUUUGUUUGGCCCUUGCAUAUACAAAUGCAUUCAUUACAUCAUAAUGUCCAAUCUAACGACCAAACAACUUGUGAAACUAGACAAUAUUGACGAUGACCCUGAAUGGAGUCCUCCGUUCAGCGAUGACUAUUUCACUGAAUUUGCCCAGACUGAUCCAGAAACAGACAAAGGUGAAUACGGACAGUAGAGACU